AUGUCUAAUAACGUUCAUGGUGAAGAAGUUGCGCCUGGCACGGUCAGGCUCAUCGAUACCAAUGGAGAACUCAACGUUAAGCACUCCAAAGGCCAUGGCGACAUCGUUCUUGUGCCAACACCAUCCGAUGAUCCGGAAGACCCCCUCAACUGGACAAAGAAGCGAAAGUUGUUGCACACUGCCUGUAUGGUCAUCUAUACAGUCAUGUUGGUAUUUCCCAGCGCUGCCGUAUACUCCGUGGCAAAACCCAUCUCCACCUCUACCGGCAUAUCCAUCACGACGAUCAACAGAGGCACUGGUGUUAUGUUUCUUCUUUACGGAUGGUCGACGAUCUUUUGGCAAGCAGUUGCGCUACAGUAUGGCAAGCGACCGGUGUAUAUGAUCUCUUCGGCCGCCUCAGUUGUGGUUUUGGCGGUUGCACCGAUGUGUCGAUCUUCUGGAACCUAUCUGGCAAUUAGAAUCAUCCAGGGGUUCUUUGGAGGACCGGUCGAGAGUCUUUGUGAAAUCAGCAUGACCGACAUUUGGUUUGCCCACGAGCGACCCCUCUAUAUCGCCUUAUACGGUGUUUCUCUUGGCGCGUCUGGAAAACUAGCUCCAGUGUUUAGUGCUUUCAUCAACAGUGGCAUGGGGUGGGAAUGGACCCUGUGGUGGUGCGCUAUAGGUAUCGGGAUUGCUUUCGUUUUUUGCCUAUUGUUUAUGGAAGAAACGAACUACGACAGGCGCACAACAACAUCGUCGUUGUCCAGCUCGCAGGCUAGUCUCGAAGUGGCUCACGAGCCUGACCUAUCUACUUCUGAGAAGGUCACUGCCAAGGAUGGUGUUCAAGUCAGCGAUCCUACUUUCUCGUACGACAAGAAAACACUCGAAGAUCAGCGUUCUAUAGACGUGGCAGCUGCGGAGCUAGGACAAGUCGCAUACCCACGAAAGACGUACUGGCAGAAGCUUAGCGUCGUUGACAAAAAACGACCGAACCGCAUGCUAGACAUCAUGUGGGCGCCUUUCAAAUUCUUCACCUUUCCAGUGGUGGUCUGGGCCGGAUUCAUGUACGGACUCCAAGGAUUAGUCUAUCCCGGCAUCUUGAACGCCACAGCCAGCGUCAUCUACACAAACAGCCACUAUCACUUUUCCAGUGACGCAGUAGGUUUUGCUUACUUUGCGGCCGUGGUGGGCAUGGUACUAGGUUCGCUCUGGGUAACGCUUGCAGGCCCACAGCUUGUUAUCAGACUGGCUCGCCGUAGAGGUGGUAUCUCUGAGCCUGAGGACAUUCUAUGGCUCUUUCUGGCCUCGGCCGUCGUUGUGCCGUUCGCGCUGAUCUUGUGGGGAGUCGGGUCUCAACACCAUGUACAUUGGUUCGGGCUGGUCUUUGCUCAAGCUUGCCUAGCCAUCUCCAGCACACUCUGCCUAUCGACAGCUAUCCAGUAUGCGACGAGUGCAUAUAGGGACUUGAGCGGUGAACUGAUCACGACCAUUAUACUCAUCCGGAAUACUUUGAGUUUCGCCAUCAAUUACGGCAUAAAUCCGUGGAUCGACGGUAUGGGCACACAGAACACCUUUAUCACUGCAGCUGUAAUAGCAUUCGUGCUGAACAGCACCAUGUUUCUUGUCAUUCCCUUCGGUCGUCGGCUCCGCGAGAAUAGCGCGAGAAGAUACUGGACAUAUGUUGAGCAGGCAAGAGCCAAAGGGCUAGGUCACUAG